AUGUUACCAAUUUUAUUUAUUAUACUUUUCUUAGUACAAUCAACUAAUUCAUGUUCAUCAUUUGGUGGAACAUCAAAAACAUACCAAAAUCCAACAAUUCAACUUAAAUUUUAUACUCCAGUUUCAUGGACAUAUCCAUUAACAACAUCAGAGACAGACUUAAGUUAUUUUCCUCAACAACCAUUAACACAAAUAAAUGCACAAAAUAAUGCAGUAAAUGAUUUACAAAAUGCUUUAACUGGAUCAUUAAUUGAUAAUCAAUAUGAUAUUAAUUUAUAUAAAAUAACUGUUCAAUAUAAUGCACCACAAGUUAAUGAUUGUGCCAAACUUCAGGGUAACAAUGCACCACUUGUAUUUUAUAUAGUUGAAGGAGGAGUAGUUGUUAAAAAAGUUGGUGGACUUACACAAGCAGUUACAGGAAAUGAUUGUAUAAAUAAAAAUUUUGGUACAACAGCUACAUAUGAAGAUUUUCCAAUGGAAGGUACAAUUAAAAUUGAUGGUUUAACAGUUAAUGAAGAACAAAUGAAUCAAAUUGUUAAUGGUUUUAUAACUAAAUUAAAUUUUAAUAAUAAUCUUAAAUUUAUUGAUCAACCAUUAAUUUCUUAA